CCCAACCUUUCAUCACACCAUUUACUAAAUUUAUGUCCAAUUUGAACCCACUUUCUUCAACCCAAAACACAACAAAAACAAUUGGAAUUUCUCCAAAUUUUCACAUCCCAAAACAAUGGCCCUCAUCAACAACAAACCCAAGAAGCAAAACUCCUUUUACCAGUCCAAUCUCUGCACCACUCUUUUCUUCGUUGUUCUCUUCACCAUUCCAGCUCUUUUUCUCCUUCACACACCCACCACAACGAUUUGUACAAGCAUUGUUUCCAACCAUGUUAUGAAGCCCUGGUCUGGUGAUCUUCGCAAUGCAGUGUUUGCAUGGAAUCGUCUUGGGUUUGUGUGGAAUGAUCCGCCGCGGAAGACUCUGAAAAUUGCUGUUUUUUCGAGGAAAUGGCCGAUUGGGACGACCCCGGGUGGCAUGGAGCGGCAUGCGCACACUCUGCACACGGCUCUGGCUCGUCGAGGCCAUCAAGUUCAUAUUUUUACAUCUCCCGUGCAGAGCAGCGGCCCCUCUACGGCUCAAGAGAUAGAUAAUUUUGCGCCAAGGAUUCACUGCCAUGAAGGGGAGCCCGGAAAGUGGAGAUACAACAAAGCGUGGGAACAGUUUGAUGAAGAGAACCAACGGGAAACCUUCGAUGUGGUUCACUCUGAGAGCGUGGCGCUUCCUCAUUGGCUUGCGCGAAACAUUCCGAAUCUCGCGGUUUCAUGGCAUGGAAUCGCGCUUGAAAGCUUGCAGUCUGAUAUUUUCCAGGACUUGACGCGCAAACUUCAAGAGCCCAUUUCGCCGGCUUUCAACAGAAGCUUACAGGGAGUCGUUCCGAAACUACUAAAAGAGAUUCGGUUCUUCAAAAACUACGCCCACCACGUUGCGAUAAGUGAUAGUUGUGGGGAGAUGUUGCGAGAUGUUUACCAAAUCCCGAGUGAAAGAGUCCAUGUAAUUCUCAAUGGCGUCAAUGAAAACGACUUUGUAAAGGACCUUUCUUUAGGCCAAAAUUUCAGAUCAAGAAUCGGCGUCCCGGAAAAUGCAAGUUUAGUUCUCGGAGUGGCCGGAAGAUUGGUGAAAGAUAAAGGCCAUCCUUUACUUUACGAGGCCUUCUCCAAGCUCAUGAUCGAUCACCCAGAUGUGUACUUAAUCGUUGCAGGGUCAGGGCCAUGGGAGAAUCGUUACAGAGAUUUUGGCUCUAGAGUUGUGGUUUUGGGUUCAAUGAGUCCCGCUGAAUUGAGGGCAUUUUACAAUGCCAUUGAUAUCUUUGUGAAUCCGACGCUGCGGCCACAAGGGCUCGAUCUCACGCUCAUGGAAGCAAUGAUGAGUGGUAAACCAGUAAUGGCUUCAAGGUUUCCGAGUAUUAAAGGUACAAUUGUUGUUGACGAUGAAUUUGGUUUCAUGUUUGCGCCGAAUGUGGACUCACUGUUGAAGGCAUUGGAGGCUGCGGUGAGAGAAGGUCCAAAGAGGCUAGCGCAAAGAGGGGAGGCUUGUAAAAAAUAUGCAGCCUCCAUGUUCACUGCAAGCAAGAUGGCAUUAGCAUAUGAAAGAUUAUUUCUUUGUAUCAAGAAUGAAACUUUUUGUAACUAUACAGAUUAGGUUAUAAUUCUUUUUAGUUCUA